GUGCACCUUAGACUCUGUGGAGCUACUGAAUGGGAGAGGCUGCAAACCAGAGUGAAAAACACCCAGGCUCAUCUUUGGUUUCUAACCAGCUAAACGGCCUGCCCAAAAUGACCGAGCCGGAGCCCUCGAUUUUCGGCACGUACGGCGAGUUCCACAACAUGACCGAGCUUUACCACCUGCUUAACCACACUUUCUACUACUGUGACUUGGGGCUGGAUCAUAACGUGAAGAGGGUCUUCCUCUUUGUUCUCUACCUCAUCAUCUUUGUGGUGGGUCUGGUGGAGAAUUCCUUGGUCAUCUGGGUCAACUGGCAGACCCGAGGUCACAGGAAUCUGGUCAACCUCUACAUCCUGAACAUGGCGAUUGCUGACCUCGGAGUAGUACUUUCCUUACCUGUCUGGAUGCUCGAAGUGAUGCUUGAUUAUACGUGGCUCUGGGGAGGUUUUCUCUGCCGCUUCACCUACUACUUUUACUUCGCCAAUAUGUAUAGCAGCAUCUUCUUUCUCACUUGCCUCAGUGUGGACCGUUACGUGUCCUUGACAACGUCUUCCCACUUCUGGCACCAAAACCAGCACCGGGUGCGACGCAUUGCCUGUUGCUGCGUAUGGGCCUCUGCGGCCAUCAUCCCUUUGCCUGAGGUGGCCCACAUGGAGGUUGUACAAUCUAUUGAUCCCAUUUGCAUCUUCGCAGCCCCCUUUGAGACCUUUGAUGACUGGGCAACGGCGGCCACGUUGCUGACCACCAUCCUUGGAUUCGCCAUCCCCUUCCCCGUCAUUGCCGUUUUCAACGUAUUGACCGCCAGAUACAUCAAGCGUUGCAACAAGCCGGAGAGCAGAAAGCACUGCGCCCUCAUCUACGCCUACAUCAUCGUCUUCCUGAUCUGCUGGCUGCCGUUUCACUUGGUUACGAUUGCCAUCUUUUUUGACGGCAUCCACAUCUUACUCCACUGCUACUUGGUUGACUUCAUCUACUUCUUCUACGAUAUCAUAGACUGUUUCACCCUGGUCCAUUGCGUGGUCAACCCCAUCUUGUACAACUUCCUGAGCAAGAACUUCCGAGGAAAGCUAAUCUCUGCCGUGGUCAAGUACAUCCCCAAAGACCCAACCGAUCGGAAGGGCAGAGAUGGUUCCUCCUCGAGCACCCAACACUCCAUUGUCAUUGCAAAAGAAAACAUCUCACCGAGUUAAGCAACACUUCUAGAUGCUCUCCUCCCACUUUGGUUCUGUUGUCGGACAACAAGACUCUGCAUCUUUGGAAAUGUCUCUUUCCAAUAAUGGACGGGCAAUACAUUUUGCGGAUAUUCUGCUUCCUAGGGACAGCAUGGCCGUACAGGGUGAAGUGUGGAAGAGAAUAUAUGCUGCUGUGUCAAAUCUAUUUAGCUUAAUAAACAGAGAGAAAGGUUUUUAUUAACCCCAGAAAUAACAGUGAUAAUAAAGUAUUUGUUUUCUGAGUUUUCUAGUUAUUCAGAGGAUGUGAAUAAUUCAUAUAUUCAGGGGAGACACAUUGCUGUGAAUUGCGGUGUUUGAUGUGCGGAAUUUUUGAGUAGAAACUGCAGUUUGAAAGCACACGGAGCUGUUCCACUCAUCAAAGAGAACAGUCCCUAUGCAUGCAUCCACCCUCGUCUCAUCUUAUCCUGUGAGCUAAGUCAGGAUGGGAGUGAGUGGCUUAAAAUCCAACGGCAAGAUACAUGUGACGAAGAGAGCUGUGGUUCUCGAAAGCUUAUGCUACAAUAAAGUUGAUUAGUCUUAAA